UAUAAUUACAGUCGCUCAUCUAUGAAUCACCGCAAGGAGAAGAAAGAACUAUCGAAAACUCUUCAAUAUUCAUCGAGAAACCGCGUCCACAUUCCACGAGAAGAAAACACGUUCGAAAGCAGCGCGUAGUUGGCGCGCGAGUAGCGAUUUGUCCGCUCGCAUGCGCCAACUUAUCGAGCGGAUAGGUGCGAGCAGAGACAGCGGAGGAGCCAGACCGUUCUGCUGGCUGUUCGUCACAGAAGCGUAAACUCGAGCGUGUAGUAGGAUCAGCUAAGUCGUUGGUAGAGCAGAGAAUCGCAUCGUUAUGGCAGCCUGGAGAACGUUUCGAUAGAACCUUAACCGCGGCGCAGCCGGAAGUAAUCAAUCAAGUUUCAUUUUGAUCGUGACAGGGAAUGCAGAUGGCAAGUGUAGCCAGUUCGCGAUGACCUCUGUUAGCCUCGGUUCCGUCGUCACCACUUGCUCGCCCGUCUUCGUUCUACCGUGACCCGACUCGACGAAGAAUUACGCCCGUGGCCGUGUUCCUGGCUACGCGGCCAAGUGACGACAGGUGAGACCAACCAGAAGAAGAUCAACAACGUCCAAGAACAAGAUCAAUCAGCCAGGCAUGGCUAAUCUCGCGGGUGGCUCGUCCUCUGGUCUCACCAGACCACCGACCAUGCUGGAACAGCUUCUCGAAGAAAUCAACUUCCAGAGGACGAAGGAGCUAAGGCAGAUGUUGAAGGAUGACUCGGGCUUCGUGGUUCUUCAAGGUACAACCUACUGGACGGACCUGUUCGUGCGGCACUUCCUCUUCCAAGCAGAGCACACGAUCGACGGUGACGAUCUUCUGUUCUUCGUUCGCAAGAAACACGUGAAAACAUCGUCGAGAUAUUUGCCAAAAUUCGAAACGGAAGUAGACGUGUUUCGUAAGGACAGCAAGAAACUGCCAAUCGGCGAUCCCGACAUCGAUUGGGAGGAAACCGUGUACCUGAACCUGGUCGUACAUCAGUUCGACUAUACGCUCACGUUGGCGAUCUGCACAAGAACCAGCCCCAAGGAAUUGCAAGUAUUACGAAGACAUUCGCAAAAAGUGUACGCUAGUCCGAGUCGUCGGCGUAUGGACGCCAAGGGUGAUCUCGAGGAGAUCACUUACCCCCAUAUAUGCUUUAUGGUGGACAAUUUCGACGAAGUUUUCUGUGAUAUUUUAGUCAGGGACGGGGAGAUGGUGUGCGUGGAAUUGGUCGCGUCGGAUCGAGAGGGUGCAAUCCAGGGUGUCAUCUUUCUUGGGUCCAUCAGAUACGACGCGUUGAAGAAAGUAUACGACGCGAGGUCCAGCCUGAGCACCAAAAUGGCCCAACGCAUGACCUUUGGCCUGUUUUCCGGCGCGGCCUCGCAGAGAAUAGAGUUUGUUCGAAUGAAGGGACCUCGUGGCAAAGGACACGCAGAGAUGGCUGUGACGAAGCCGAAAGGUUCAGGUGCGGAGACGCCAACCUCAGAGCCUGGUUAUUGCGCCACGGAUUCUCUGUGGGACGCAGACUGGGACGAUGCCGAGGAAUUGUUCAUGUAUCGACAUCAACGAAGGCUAUCAGAUCCCAGUUCGAAUUUAAACAAUUACGUUCGGGGUGGAUGGAGAACGAAACCGGACACUGCGGCGACCAAAGCCAGGUCGGAGAACGAGGGUCUGGAUUCGAUGGCGAAUGGAUUGAACGAGAUCGAGGCUGGAGACGUUCGUGACGCCGAGCUACAGGAUAGCAGCUGGGGCGGCCGGGGCUCGCCAGGAAAUCACAGGAGUCCUCACGCCAGACGACGAAGAUCCCCGCAUCUUCCUGGCAGGCAACAACGUCCGAAGCAAAAGCAACGUAACUCGUGGGAACGAGUCGGAAACGAGAACUCGCCGAAUCGCAAGGAGGCCUAUCACGAGACGAAUGGCCUCCAGAAUCAUCAGCACCACAACCAUAUAGAGGUCGGUAGCGAGAUAUUGGUACCGGCGGCGCCAUGCUUGACGGACGACAACGUGCGACAAAAGUUGGACGCCGGAGCGAUUCUAGUCCACGGUAAGGAGGAGCUGCCUCUUAGAUACGAGGAACAGGACAAUAACCGGAGACGCAGGCCGUACAGCACCGGCCAUAUCAACCACGAUCGUAUCAACAACCUGGAGAACGACGAGGAACAUCAUCGACUCAGCGACGACGAAGUGGUCAGGGUACGUCGGACUGACGGUGGACGAAGAAGGCUACGGUCAGCAGGCUCCGACCACGAGGAAUACUACACCGGGAGGAACAGGAACAGAAACGACGACGAGCAGUUGAGAGAUAAAAACGCGAACGCCCGUAUUACGCGUGGAAAUCUGACGACCCACAGACAGAGUGCCACCCUGCCGAGGAGGAGGCGAAGACGCGCGUUAUCCGGAAGCUUCGCGGGCAACCCACUUCCUCCUCAUCGAGUCACACCAGACGGCACAGCUAUCUACUAUUGGUGCGAGCUCCCGCGCCGCCCCGGCUCACAGGAACUGGACGAUGGAGCUUAUAAUCCAUUGUGGACCAUGAGAGGAUUCACCCAGACAUUCCAUUUCUGGAAAGAGACCAGGCGAGCCCAAUCCGUACCCCUGAACGCGUUUCUUACUUAUAUUACGUUACCCUGGUGGAGUAUUGCCAAAGAUAUUCUUGAUCAUCGAGAAGGACCCAUUCUGACGUUUUAGCCAACACGAUGGUGUUCGAUUUUAAUUUCCAAAAAAUUCUCCUUCUUCUCCUUCCGUUUCUCAUUUUGUACGCACUUGGAUAAAAGCGUGGCCCAAGAGAAUCGAAGUGUAUAGAUUAAGAAAUAAACGAGAUACUAUUUAUAA